AUGGCUUAGCAUGGGCAAAUAGUCUGUCUUCUUAUUGCCUGAAGUGAGUCCUGUCUCCUCCUUAUCUCCUAUGUGUUUGUGAAGUUUCUGACAGGGCAGGGGAAGAAGUGAGGAAUGGCGUAAUCUAGGAAAAACUACUCCCGUGGUAAGAGGUAUGAUGGCCAAGACUUCGCAGAGGAAGCAACGGGCCUGCGUCAACCCUUCGAAGCCCAAGUCUGCUUCAAGCAUCUCAAUCCCCUUGCGAAUGUCCAGCUACACUUUCAAGAGGCCAGUUACGAGAGUUACGUCUCACCCAAACAAUGAGGUCAGAUACCAUCGAUGGGAGGCCAACCUAGAGAAGCCCCAACAGGUCUGCUUGCAUAAGAGGCUGCAAGGCCUCCAGGCCUCCAGCAGCAUAGGAGAGCUUUUAAGUACCUUUGGCCUGGCCAGAACUCUGCACACACUUGCGCCUUGUUGCGCAGGCGCGUCUCUGCUGGAUACUCCGGCUGGGGGUGUGCGCUCCAGCUCUCUGCCCAGCCAUACCUCAUCUUCUCACCGGGUGGAGAAGGUUCCAGGAACGGGUUUGGGUAUUCCCCAGCUCCUCUGCAAACAAUUUCUGGUCACAGAGGAAGAUAUUAAGAAACAGGAGAGAAAAGUGGAGACAGCAAGAGAAAGAUUGGCAACAGCACUGCUUGCAGACAGACUGGCUGGAGAAGCAGAGAGAGGCAAGAAAUCACCAAAGGCGUCAUGAUAAACACUAUGAAAAAGAAGAUAUUGAAGAAGAAAUGGGACAUGAUCUUAUUUUAGCCUCACUUUGCACUGAUCAUAGCUUUGAUUU